AUGUCAAAUUCUAUAAUUUUUAUAGGGUCCCACGAUAAUUACCGGAACAGGCCUUCAUUAAAACAGUUCUAUCAUGUAAAUUUGUUCGCAGUGCCUCCUCGUGAAAUCCUGUUUCGGAUAUUCGCGUCUUUUGUGCCGCCGUUGUUAAAAAAAUAUCGAAAAGUAUAUGUCGACUUUUUAGGACCAAUUUUAGCUUUGGUACUUUUGACCUGUUUGCUCCUUUACGGUCAUUCUCUUAAGCAAUUUAAUGAACACGGUUCUCCGAUACAGUUGGUACUGGUUUUCUCGACGUUGAUGCCAAUUCUAUGUUUCGUAUCAUUGAAACUGGGCAGAUCGACAAUCGACAUUUAUGAAACAGUAUCACUAGUUGGAUAUAGUCUCUAUGGCCAUAUACUUACCUUACUUGUAUCUUUUCUGUUUUAUCAAGAGCAUAGUAACAUUUUUUUCUGGUGCUUAACGUUCUUCGGCGGCUCCAGUACUUUGAGGUUAGUUCUGGUGUGUUUCGGAACCAUCCCGGUACCAGCGAUGCGGUUUUUGAUUUGCAGCACGAUAUCGUUGGCAAAUAUUUUGUUUUUGAUUUAUUUACAUUACGCCUUUAUGCACCAGCCCACUGUUUUAUAAUGCGCACGUGUAGUCGCAUAGGAUUUGAAGACAUAAAUUAAACUCAGUGUUUGGCGAAA